CUUCACUUCGUUGAUUUGCUUAUUCGAUCACAAUCCAAAAUGGUACUCGCCACGAUUUACAGUUUCCUAAGCCUUGGAAACUUUCUUCUUUUGCUGCUUCUUUUGGCCAUUUUGCAUUAUUUGAUGAUCCUUUACGAGUUCAGAAACAUGCCACCAGGUCCUCGCCUCACAUCUCUUCCCGUGUUAGGAAACGUCCUUUCUCUUGACUUCAAGGCGAAGGAUCUCAACGAAGCUUUUCAAAGGUCAGUAAAAUAUAUGUGACGUCCACUCAACCCACUUAACACUUUCCGUCGAUUGUUCACUCUAUAGGACCGACUUCUUUGAACAGUGCCUGAAUUUGCAAGCCCUUAUUACUGAAAUUAAUCGCUCACAUUCCCUCGUUACUUGGCGUACACGUUAGCCUAUUUUCGUAUCAUAAGCUCUGUGAAAUGUGUAAUGUGUAAUGCGUACCCAUUAAAUAGGGAAAGAGAAAUCUAUGAACGUUAUAAAUCUCAUUAUUCCCUGAUAACAAAUUGAUUUGUUUCGGUCGAUGGAUCGGUUUCUUUUUGUACAUAAUAGCCAUCAUUAAGACAUGUGCCGAACCUAAUACCUGCUAAAGUGGACUCAAACUCGAUGAAAUUCGACUGUUGAUUCAAACCGUCAAACUUAAGGUGAUUUAACGUGCCGUGAGUGGCGUACUAGGGAACUCAAAAAAUAAAGUGCUUUCAACGCAAAUAGUGUAGAGUUCGAAAAUUCAUGUUUUGAUGUGUGUUCUGUUGAGAAGGAGGUCGAGAUCGUGAUCAUAUUGAGAUUUAGACAACUUACAGUAAAACCAUAAAUUAUCAAAUAGUCGAAUAUUUCUUCUUAGUUACAGUCUAAAAGUAGUGUUUAGGAAGACAUUUUUAAGCUAUCCAGUUUCUAGAAAUCUACUUCGAAAACACUGUCAAUGUCGUAAUGCUUCUGUGAUUUCUGUUUGCACAUUUCCGAAUAAACAACAACAUUAUUUAUGCCAGUUAUGCUCGGCACAUUAACAUUUCGACGUUAUUCAAGUCGAUCUCUUGCGCCUUUCUGUUCAUGAAGCUCAGAAUUAGAAGGCCGGCAUACGAAAGGUCGGUCGACCCCAAUGAUGUAUCGAAAAGUCUAAAUGGACUUGUUUUGCUUAUCGCUCUCUGCUCUCCUUAGCGAAUUCUUACAGCAGCUAUUUAAGUUUUUGAUUCAUUAAUUACAUACGGUCUGGGCUAAACCUUAUAUUAAGAUGCCGAAAGCGUUAUGUCUUGGUGCCGACAGACAUGAUACUAAAGACGAAACUCUUGGAAUUCCAUUGUUAACAAAAAUACAUCGAGGUUGCCACUACGUGUCUCUCCCUCAAACAAAAAAUAAAAUACUUGGAAAAAAUAGAAAAUUUAUUGAGCCAGCGGGUAACGCGUGUCCCUAAUCUCUUUACGUGAGCAUAGCUUGUAAAGUCUUUUGGAAUCUCGCAGCUCAUAUACAGAAUGUAUGUUGCUUUGAGGUUGUCCAUGCUAGACUCAGUCUAAUACAAAACAGGGGCACCAAACGAGGAUAUAGUUCAAAACCACUUAACAUAACAUUGUUGAACGUAUUUUAGUAUUCAAACGGUAGAUAUAGGCAUAUUUUUAUCCCCUAAAAAUUUUUCAUCUGUUCGGAUUUCCUAGCUGAAAGUCUAUUGAUCCGAAAAUUAUAGGGAUAAAAACUUACCUUCUCGAAAAUUUCAGCCAGGAAAAGGCUCCCGAAAAUUCUAGGUGGCCUUUUUUAGGGUCAAAAUCCCUUAAAAAUGGGUAAUUAUACCAUUUUGUGGAUGUUCGAGAAUCCUAGGAGCGGCAGGCAAGCAAGAAAUUUUACAACAAAUGCUCCGAAAAUUCUAGAUCUCAAAUCGUCUUCCGAACAGAUAUUUUCCCGAAAAUUGCCGUUGGGUGCCCCUGACAAAAAAAAGGUUACAUGGUUAAAUGACAGCAACAAAAAACAAACAAACAAAUACAAAAUAUAUUUGCCAAAGGGGACUUGGGUAAUAAAAGCAUUACGUCUUACUUAACUUAGAACCUCAAAGAAAAGGAUAAAAAUACAAUACAAUACAAUACAAUAUUCAGUUUAUUUACCCACACUGCAUCUAGCAGUGAUAAAAACUUCUUAAAACAAGUGCGUGAAAGAAAAAACGAGAAAAAAAAACAACAACAACAACAGUGAUUUAAAAUUACUAUUCCUAAAUAAUCUAUCUCUAUAAAAACAAGUAACAAUAAUAAUUUUAAUGCGUACAAUCUAAAAUUAGUCUAUGUACAAACAGUAUUAAAAUUAAAAACUAAUUACCACUAGAAUUAAAAACCAGGCUUAUUUAGAAAACGUUUAAAGGUAAAGGUUGGCGUUUUUAAUAUACACGUACGUAAGUAGAAAAUACCAAAGUUUUGCUGCCAAAAAUAAGAAUAAUUUGUGGCACCAUUAUAGACAAAAAUUGGGUAGCGUUACAAUGAAAAACUCUGAGGCUCCUUUGCAAGUGCGACCUACAAUCGGCGCCAAAAUGAGUUGAGACUCUUCGACCUAACUGUUUUUUUUUACGUUUUACCGACUUCAAAAGGAGGAUAUGUAGCUUUUCCUCCCCCAUCCCCUCCAUGCAAUGUUGUGUUACCUAUAGGAAACAACAACUGAGGGGACAGAGGAGGGGUGCGGGUUCUUUUGUUGUCUGAAGUUACUCAAGUUGAGUACAAUUUCUCAACAAUUUUGUCGCCGAUUGUAGCUUACUUAAAUUCGAAUCUAAAUCUUUUAUUACUUAAAACUUGCCAGGUUCCUCAUUUGAUUUUCUUCAACGUAUUAAUUUAUGAAGCCCUUUCUUUGAAAAGGGAGUAUACAUGUAUAUUGUAGAAUAACAAGGACAUUCCUAUUGCUGAAAGGCUAGCGUUUUCGGACAAAAUUUUAAACAAUUUUAUUAGCAAAGAACAAACAAUAACAACCAAAAAAAAAGUAAAAGUAAGCACAUCAGGUUGAUUACUUAAGUACGUAUUAGAGCAAGGAAAUUUGAUUGUUAUAUAUUUUAUUUUCAACAUAUUUUUCUGUAUUUGUCCGUCUGGCAAAAAGAGUAAUCUAUCUUAAGAGCUAUCUGCAAGAAAAUUCCUUUUUUCGAUGUCGCCUGCCUUUUUCUCUUCACUCUUUAGGCGCAGAAAAUGCACAAAAUUAGGUAAUGUGUAAUCCACAUUGGCAGACAGUAGUUAAAUUGAAGUGAACAUUUCCGGCCUCAAUCCGUGAGAGCAGUGAUGUUUAAGGUUGUAUUUGCCGAUUAUCGGGAAUGGCUUUAAGUUAAGAAAAGAGCUCUUAAAAGGAGGCAUAGUUAACUGUUGCAUCAAUAACCACUUUCCUUUUCUUCCAGUCUUAAAAAAAACUACGGUCGCAUAUUCUCGAUUAAACUUGGAAGCUUCAAGAUCGUUAUGGCUUCAACCCCUGAUGCUGUUAAGGAGGCGCUGGUAAAGAAAUCCGCUGAUUAUGCUGGGAGACAACAAACAUACUCUGCAAUGGCAGGAACACUUGGUAUGUUAUUCACAGUAAGGUCAAGUCGUUUAAAUGAUGGGACGUGGAUAGCAACUUCUAUUAUAACUAUUCUCCGAUUUAGCACUUAUCGCACCCUUUUGAGGAUCUUUUCAGAAGUCAACAUCGAGAAAUUAAAUUGACGGUUUUCCAAUAGUCGCUCUUGCUCGCGGUCUUCAAGAGUUUUCUUAGGACAUAUCGUAAAUGUUUCCUGCAGCAAUGGCAUUCCAACACAUUAUCGACGUUCAUUUUACUCACGGUAAUUUUCUUCGUCUUUGCUAAGAUACGCUCGAUUAUUUAAAGACAGUUCUCACAGGUUGUUAUCGGAAAGGACGCGUGGACGACAGGUGCCAUUUAUGCGAAACGUUUGCGUCUUACAUUAGACGGAUGCUAAUAAGACGGGAAACGGGUAACGAGCGUGGGGAACGGAAAAAUGGGAACAAAAGCUUACUUGCGUCCUAGCCGUAACAGUAAAAUCAUAUACGUCGUAUCAUCCUACGUACGACACGUCUUAUUUUCUCUUGUGUAAAAAGCCACAUUUUAGUCAGACGAUAAAAAAGAAGAACAUAGAGACACCUUUGAUGCAAUUAUGGGGGAACGAUCUCAAUUACCUGGAUCUUAUAUACCUUUUUAGCUUGUAUAUUUUGUUUUUCCAAUUAAGAUCACGUGAUGCUCUCAAGGGAAUUUGACUUUCGUCUUCUCUCAAAUUAUGCAUACACAUGCACGUGGAUGCACGUCUUUAUGACGACAUUUGAAAGAAACAGUUUUACAGGGUAACAACACGUGGUUAGAAAUGGCAAAAGCAAACUUACGGGUUAAAACAGUCCAUUGACGUCAAAAUGGACAAAUGUUUUCACAUAAACGUGCAGAUUGUCUCGAAUGUUCUAAUCUAGACAAUCCGGACGAUUUUAUGCCGGAAACCAGAAGGAUAAUCGAGGCGACCUAGACCAUCCGGGAAUUGAAACCUGGUAUAAUGCAGUUAAUCGAAAGGCUUGUUUUGUAUGAACGUAUGUCUCGAGAUUUUGUUUGAUCAAAACUUUACUUAAAGGUUACGAGUCGUUGCUACACCAAUUUAAGACCAAAGGAAUCCUUUGUUCAAUUUGCUAUCGAAAAUCUAUCAAAUUUUACCCUUUUCUGAAUUUCAGGGGGUAAAGAUAUUGUUCUUGGUAGCCCUGGUCCUGGCUGGAAGCUCCAUCGUAAGCUAUUUACGACAGCUCUUCGCCAGUACCUCUCGGAUAUCCCUCUGAUUGAAAGACGCGUUCGUACUCAAGCCGAAAAAUUGGUUCUGUUCAUGGAAGAAAAACAAGGACAACCCUUUGAUCCUGCAGAUUGCUUGAUGCGUGCUGUAGCUGAUGUCAUUUGUGGCAUCACCUUUGGAGAAGGUUAUGACACAACCAAUCCGGAUUUGAACAUGCUUUUGAAACUAAACAUAGAAUCGAUAGCUAAUGCUGCUGAUACUCAGUUGGCCUUAGCUUUAGAUUUCUUCCCAGUGGCACAGUACUUACCACUCAAGGUUUAUGAACGCUUUCUCAGGCCCACUUUUGAAAUUUUCGAUAUCAUUCGCAAAUUUCUGAGUGAACGCAAAAAGACUUUUGAUCCAGAGCGACCAGUAAAAGAUUUGAUCACAGGUCUCCUUCAUGCCAAACUUGAAGCUGAAGGUGAGAGCAAUGAAGAUAGAUCCGCCCUCCUUACUGACGACUACUUCAUCAACACGAUUGAAGAUAUGUUCGCAGGAGGCUAUGAAACUACAAGCACGACCAUGAAAUGGGUUCUAGCAUUCUUAGUUAACUACCCAAAGUACCAAGAAGCCAUUCACCGACAGUUAGAUGAAGUAAUUGGUGACCAGGCUCCUUCUUUAAACGACCGAUCACGUCUGCCUCUCAUCCAAGCGACCAUCAUUGAAACCCUGCGAGUUGGAAACGUGGUCCCUCUUGCAAUUCCUCACGUUACAGUCACAGAUACAACUCUCUGUGGAUACAGAGUUCCUAAAAAUACCAUGGUCUUUGUUGAUACAGAAUCCGUUCACUUAGAUCCCAAAUGCUGGGACGAUCCCACUGUGUUUAACCCUUACCGCCACAUUGACGAAGACGGGAAGUUGAUUACCAACCAAGGCAAUUUUUUUCCUUUUGGAGCUGGACGCCGGGUUUGUGCUGGUGAACCUCUGGCGAAGGUUGAGCUGUUUUUGUUCCUGUCGUGGAUGCUUCUGAAGUUUACUUUCGUUGCUGAAGAAGAUGGUCGUCCCCCAAAGUUGAAGGGAAUUUUUAAUCUUACCCAGUUUCCUGUUCCAUACAAGAUACGGGCCAUCAAGCGAAAGUGAGAAGACCUUUGGCCUCGCCUGGUAACUGUUUUGCAGGUACAAUGUGUAAUCCUUCAGUGUCAGUUAAACAUUUGGAAGGAUGUUAGGAUGUUGAGAGUCUUUCAGAUGGUUGUUGGAAAACGUCGCAAUUGACUUGUAAAUAUAUGGUUAAUCUUUUAAUGUUGCUAAUAUUAAGGUUGUGUUUUCUAUUUGGUAAAAUCAGUUACUUUUAUUUUUUAGGGUAAAGAUUGUGGGCCAUUGUUCGUCUUUGUUAACGCUUUUUUGAUAGAGGGAAUUAGAAUUUAUUAUAUUCCGUAUCUUGGCAAAAAUUGUACAUCUAACAUUCUUCGAACUAAAGUUUAUCUUGACUUCAUAAGGUCAUUUCUGUAAUGUUAGGAUGUGGUACUGGGCAAAUCUUUAUCCUGUUGAAAACUCGUGCAGUAAGGUUUUCGGUUCACACGGAACUACCUUAACCGAACGAGCAUUUAGGCUCCUUGUCGUUCAACAAAACAAAAUUAGCUAAAAUUUAGCUUGCAAGAUGGAAAAUUUGAAUAGUGCGGUCUAAACUCCUUGACUGUUUUUUGAACGGAAAGGUGUAGUUGCAUGGAUGCAUGGCAAUUUAUUAGCUGAGAGAUGGAAUUUCGGAUUUGCUGUAGUAGGGCAUGGGCAAAUGGUAAAGUCAG